AUGCCUUUUCACCCCGAAUGUUUCUUAGCUGUCGGCGGUGAUCAAUCGGGCCGCAACGUGGCCGCUGCCACUUACCCUGGUCAAUAUUCUGAGGACUGCUUUCAUCUACAACAUCGUCGCCGCCGCUGGCUGAAGGACACUUUCGCACAGGACCUAUUCCAGAUCGUUCGUGGGCGUCUGCCCCUAGAGGUUUGCGAAACGAUUGCCAAAUACUCUGCUCGUGACCGAGCAAUUCAAGUUUUCAAACAACAUUGGUUACAGGAUCGUCCGCUCCAGCCAGGAAACAUAUCAGUAACAGUCCACCAUGGAGUGUCAUUGUGGGCUCAGUAUGUUUAUUAUGAGGGCAUUCGGUACCUUCGGUCGUUUUCGUACGGCUCGCGCGGUGGUGACGAGGAGAUCGUUCUUGAUUGGAACACCAAGAAACUUCCAAAUAUCUUCAUUCGCCAUAAUGGCCUGGGAGUUAACAAUCUUGUCGUUACUGAAGAUGAUGGCUCUCCUGAUGUGGAGCAGGUUGAAGGCUUUGUGGAUUUCAAGGACCUGAGCGGCCCUUGUGAGAUUCGGUGGGCUAUACCUCCAGCACCAGUCAAGCACUCGCCGAAAAUACCACUUGCCGAAAACAUGAAUUUCCAAUAUGUACGAGCCUUCGAUUGGAACAAGCCUAGAACAGCGGGUUAUUCAUUCCUUGUUUGGGGUAGUGCAAUUCUUACUAUCAACUCGCACGAGGCCGGAACGUCAGCAGCUCCUGACGAGGAAUUCAACGGAUUGCACCCCUACAAUGCCACGCGACUCUAUCUUGCCAUGAGCCCUGGAGAGUAUGUCUCCGAGCUCUGGGUUCGCACUUACCACGAGCGCCUUUCCACACUCAUCGUCGUCACGAAUCAUGGCCACAGCCUCGUCGUUGGUACCCAGGCGGAUAGGCCUGGUGCAACGUAUCAUGUAGUUGCCGAAUUACCCCAAAACAAAACUUGUCGCAUGUUUUACGGUGAUCCAUAUUAUGAAAGAGUCUCGUGGCUUCACUUUGAUUCCGUGUCCACAUGGGAGCACCCAGCAAAGCGCCAGGUUCGCUCUACGUGUCCAAGUGCGCCUCGGACAAGACAUCCUCCACACUCUCGACUGUGGUAUCAUACAUCCGCGAGAUUGGAUGGCGUGAGGGAGGUUACGCCUUGUAUGCUUGCGCAAGACUCCUCCGAAUUUGCAAAGAUCACAGGUCUGCUCCUCACCUACGCUGAUGGUAGUCGGAGUUCUGUUGGUCAAGUUCGCCUCGACACAAUGGGAACACCCAAGACAGUGACUUCAGAUACGAUGUACUUGCAGUACGUGGAUGAUGUUCGGGGGACUCUACAGACAAACAGUCACCUAAUGGAUUUUGGUUUCGACUGGUUCGGGUUUUCAGAGCCAACCUCGUCGGGCUCUUCUACUAAGGAGAGCGAUAAUACUGAUAGUGAAUCUCAUGAAGAUAAAGACAGCCCUCAAGUCGAGGACAUGCCUAGCGAAGGAGAUGGUGUUUGUGAGUCUGUCACAUAUGCAAACACUAUUGCAGUGCCUAUGAGUGGACGACUGGACUGGAAGAAGGAGGUCGACGAUGAUGUAUACGUAGUAUCGUAUCACAAGAGCAGCACAUCAAAAAACGACGAAAUGUGUCAUGUUCUAGCUGAGCAUGCGAAUUUGGUCAACCAGGAGCCGGUCGUCAAACCAUUGUCCAUCCUGAUCGGAAAAAUUGGUGAGUUGGCUUAUGCAGAACAGCUCUAA